CGACGAGCUGCUUGGCAACAUGAGAGAGAGAGAGCAGGAAGAUCUGCAGCAGCCAAGUGAGCAACCUGCACACUCUAGACACAAAAAACACCACAAUCAUCGCUCGGCCGCACAAUGGAGGAUGCAGAGAAAGGUUCCCAGCAGCAUCCGGACUCAGUCCCGGAGGUAGGCGAAGAUGCAGUGACGUCUGUCAGUCCCGCUUCCCCUCCCCCCCCCAUGACGGAGGAAGAGCAGCAGGAGCUUCAGGAAGAGCUGGUCAAGGUUGAGGAUGAGAUCCAGACGCUGACCCAGGUGCUGGCAGCCAAGGAGAAGCAGUUGGCAGACAUUAAGAGGAAGCUGGGCAUCACACCUCUCAAUGAGCUGAAACAGAACUUCACCAAAACCUGGCAGGAGGUCACCACCUCCAACGCCUAUAGGAGGACAUCUGAAACACUGUCUCAGGCAGGUCUGAAGGCCUCGGCCGCAUUCACUAAUGUGGGGACAGCCAUCACCCGGAAGCUUGAGGAUGUCAGCAUGCGCUCAUUACAACACUCGGCUAGUAUGCCUGUUAUGAGAAAUGCACCAACUUUCAAGUCAUUUGAAGAGAAGGUCGAGACUUUGAAGGUCUCGGACAGUGCAUCACCUCUUUUCAUUACCAAGAUGACUCCAGCAGCAUCCACCACUGACCCUGGGGACCAGGACCGCGGGAGCCCCACCUCCGAGACUUUGCUCAGUCCGCCUGAAGGCUCGCCCACCCAGGACACGCCGAUGAACUGAGACCUGCCUGACCCCCCUCCCUCCCUCCUGACCUCCCCUCCACCCCUCCUCACUUGACCCUCUAACCUCUGGGCCGCCAGCACUCGCCCCCUAAACUGUUGUGUGCCAGUCUCCCUUUAUUGAAAACAAGUGACUUACCACAGCCUUCCUUGUAAUCUAAUUGUCUGGUCUUUUUGUCUGACACGUGCGCUCACUUGGUUACUGGUGUGGAAACUGAAAGCAUAGGAUGGGUGCAGGCAUGUGGUCUCGUGUCGAUCGUAUAUAUUUGAGUCUAUUCUGGCUCGCUGUGGGAGAACUCCUCCCUGCUGUAAGACUUUCCUUCCCCUCCUGCACUCCUUAUUUCUCUGCCUUUGUCUAACCUGCAAAGCUCAGAUGCCAAACAUGCUCCUAGUUUAUAUUAUUCUUCAAAUUAACACAGAUUUAUAUUUAGUUUAAGUUUAGUAAAUUGCAGAAAUAUAUAGAAAUAUAACUUGAUCAGAGAAAGAUUUACAUUUAAAAAUGUAAAAAGUUAUUAUAAUCACUUCUUUUCUCUGUCUCCAUUUUGGGGGAAAACUGAUUUUCUGUUCUGUUUUCUUUCUUAUAAUAAUUUUAAGCACCACACAAUCUUAAGGUAGUCUAACACUGUGUUCAGAAUAUGAAUGUAUGCCUUUUUGUAUCACAGAGGUACAACACUGAUGCUGUGAGUCACGGCCGCAGCACCAGACUCCAAAGCUGGUAUUUCAAAACACACUUCAGAAUAAAAACCAUCCAUUGUU